UGGAUCGAGCAAAAGUCAGCGAUCAUAUGGCAGCACGUAUCAUAGCAGCCGCCCUCAUAACAGCCGAGAUCUCUCUAGAUGACGUUCAUCUGAGCCGAGAAACUAUCCGUCGAAGUAGGGGGAUUCACCGGAAGACUCUGAGUAAUGCCAUUAAAAAUCGGGUUAAGAAUGGAUGUUCCAGUUUCACCACUGUUCAUUGGGAUGGCAAACAAUUACCAUCGAUAGAGAACAAAUGCGAAAAAAUGGAUCGACUCCUUGUUCUUAUAUCGGGCAUUGAAGGGGAUCAAUUACUUGAAGUUGCAAAACUAGAACGAGGAAGUGGUGAAGAGCAGGCAAAUGUCAUUUUCAAAUGCCUGAAAGAUUGAGCAUAUCUCGAUGAUAUAUGCGCCAUGAUAUUUGAUACCACUGCUAGCAACACGGGCAGUACGAAUGGUACAUGUGUCCUACUGGAGCAGUUAUUGGGGAGGAAUCUAUUGCAUCUUGCUUGUCGACAUCAUCUAUUGGAACUACUGCUGAAAUCUGCUUUUGAAGCAUCUAUGGGGCCAAAUACUAGACCGGAUAUUCUCAUUUUCAAAAGAUUCCAAGAGCAGUGGAAAAAUAUUGAGAAAGGAGAAUUUUCACCAGGAGUCCAAGAUGAUGAUGUAAAAGCAACAGUCAGGAAUGAUGCAGAAAACGCCCUGGCAUUCGCUUACUCACGAUUGAAGAUUGACAACAUCAGGAAGGACUACAAAGAGUUUCUGGAACUGGCGGUGAUGUUCUUGGAUGGAAAUCUUCCAAAUGGUAAUCGAUUCCGAGCGCUAGGUCCCAUUCAUCAUGCUAGAUGGAUGGCGAAGACAAUUUACUCGUUGAAAAUAUUCCUAUUAAGAGAUCAAUUUCAUAUGACAUCUCAGGAAAUAUCAGGUUUGAAGAGAAUUUGUAUUUUUAUCGUCCUCCUGUAUCAGAAGAGUUGGUUCACAAGCUCCCAAAAACGAUUUAGAACUAUUGAAAAAAUUAGUAACUGAUCAUAGUUUUACGUUGUCACGAGUCUACAAUGCGGUAUUUGAGAAGUUUGGGAACCAUCUCUGGUACUUAUCAGAAGAAUUGAUCGCUUUCUCUUUUUUCAAUGAAAAUUUGAGUGUAGAGUGUAAGAAAAAGAUGUGCGAAGCUAUAAGAUCCAGUGUCCUGCACUCAAAAAUGAUCGAAAAAAGAGAAAAUCAGGAAUGAAAGACCUCAAAUUUAUCGGAGAGGCGAGUUUGAAACAAUUCGUGACUCAAAAUACCGUUACCUUCUUUGAGAUUUUGAACCUCAAACAUGAUUUCCUGAAUGUCGACCCUACGAAAUGGGAAAAUUGUGAAGAUUAUAUUGAGGCUUCAAAAGU